CCGGAAAUCGUCACGUGCGUCCUGCCCGACUCUUUUCAUAAAAACUAUUCAGAAACCCUUUUGUUUAUUCAAAAUUUCAAGUCUUUUUAUGAAACUCCUGCGGCUGUAAAAAAGUUUUGCCUGCACAAGUCCGAGUUUAUGGGCAAAUGGACUCUUUCGGUUUAUUAUCAGUUGAGGUAUCAGGAAAUUGCUGGCAUAUUGGAAUCUUCUUUAUAUCUUAAAGAAAAUGUGAACCAUUCAAAAUACAUGUUGAGUGUAAGUGAAAGUUUGAUUCGCUGCUGCCGGCUUGUAUGGAACAAAAGCUUAUUUUUACCGCCUUUGCUUCAUCGUUUUUGGAAACUUUUUCUUCAACUUUUUUCUCGCUUUGAUCGUUGGCUGAAAGACCUGGUUCCGGAUUCGUCUCAGAAAAACCUGAACACAAUUUUGGAAGACAAGCACACAAUGUUUCUGCUUCAUGAUCUCCUGGCACUUUCCAAUCACCUUCCUGAACUGCACGAAAAUAUCCUGAAUGAUCUUCACGGGUGUCUCGACGAAAAAGUUCGGGAAAAGUUUUCCUGUUUACUUAGCGAGUGUUCUCCUUUCAAAAUGCUCACCUCGCAAGCUACUUUCUUUCAAAGUAUAUUGAAGAAUUCAAUAAUGGAGCAGUGCGAACGAGCGCUCAACAAAACAUAUACGAUUACGAGCCUUUUUCGGGGACAAGCACAAGAUAUGCCGAGCAGUCAAUCAUAUUUUGCUUCGGAUAUUUUAAAGCCAUUAAAAGAAGUUGUUGACGCUUCACUACUUCCGCAGGGAAUUUUGUUAAACUUAAAAACUGAAGUUUUAGAAGAAAUCACCGAACACUACUACGCAGUUAUCUCUGAAAUUCUUUGCAACGUGGAAAGUACGGAAAAAAGUUUGCUUGCUUUGCGAAAAAUUAGAAAAAUUAAUCAUAAAACCGGCCCAACCGAUGAAGAUCGCAUUAAAAAGCAAUUGUGUUUAGACGUCACUUUUCAUCUUCAACAAGUAAUUUUCUGUUAA